AGUACGUCAGGCGCCGUUGUUGACGCCGUCAUGAGAAAGGCACCAGCACUAACAAAAACGCAGGAGGGACAGGACAGUCUCGACAUUUUCAACCAGCUAUUCCGACACAUUCUCGGAGAAAAACUACACACUGACGUAGUAGAGUUUGGGGAAGAACCGCAUGUUCUGGACGUUGGCUGUGGAAGCAGCCUCUGGCCGAUUCUUAUGGCCCAAGAGCUAGAGACAAUUCUGGCGCCCAUGCAUCUGGAUAGCCGAAAGCUAUCUUCAAUUACAGCAGCAUACCGUCACAUCAUAUUACCUGAAAAGUGGGUUAAACUAGCACAAAAUUUUGAGGGAGAAAGAGUAUUGUUAACUCGCGUGAACAGUGUCCCACAAACCGUUACGUUCAUCCCUGUGGAUAUUGAAGGUAAAUGGACAGACGGCAUGUUAAAGCAUGCCCCCUACGAUUUCAUAAAUUGCAGGAUGAUGAAGGGAUCUGUCAAAUCAUGGUCUACCUUCUAUGGGAAAAUAGCGACCCACUUGAAGCAUGGGACAGGAGUUUUCGAACAGUUUGAGAUCGAUUGGAAAUUCAAGCGUGACAGUGGCCCCAUUCCAGAAGCUUUGAAGAAGUGGUCGAAUAUGCUUCACCGUGCCAUGGAAGAGCAUGGCAUGUCAAUUCGAUGCGACCCCGAGGGAACUCGAUGCAUGCUGCUCAACAACGGCUUCAACGACGUUCAAGAGCGGGCGAUUCGUCUUCCAGUCAAUGAUUGGCAGCCGAAAAACGUCGAUAAAAAAAUCGGGAAAUGGUUUAAUACCGCCCUCACCGAAACCAUACUACCAAUGUCGCAGGCGCCUUUGAUUCGUACUGGGGACAGCAUUUGUUCUGUGGAAAGGAUCAAAGAAAUCAACGACCUGAUCAAAAAAGCGAGCCAAGAAUUAAAGUCCCAGGCACGUACGCUGGGGGUGUACUGCAUGCUCUACAUCUGGACUGCCAGAGCCCGACCUUUGGAGCGUCAGCAAACCCAUACAAGCGAUACUGCCACCCCUUGUUCAUAGGCUAUUAUCGAAAUGGCAACUAG